GUCCGCGUCGUAUGACUAACGAGCAAAUUUAAAAUUGUUAAAAGUAAAUAGUUACAUAGUUUGUGAUAUUUAUAAUUAUGGUGGACACACUUGAACAAACGUUGCAUCCUUUCUUCUUUACGUGCUUUAUUGUGGGUUUAGGCUUUUAUUCCAGAAAUAGCUCAAAUAUUCGAUGGAUCAAACACUUAAAUAUUUUAUAUUCUUUAAUGAUCUGGUUCGCUUAUGCAUAUCUUUUUCUUAACCUGAUAAUUUAUUUUAAAGAGCAAAUAUUUUACAAUUCGGUCGUUCUGAAAAUUGUUGAAAUAACAAAUUUUUUACUUGCAAUUACGUUCACGAUUAUAAGUUUCUAUUAUCAAAAGGUAUUUCUCUAAUAUAAUCUGUAUAAAAUUCAAAUCCUUUAACACCCUUUAAAUCUCUUAUUUCUUUCUGUAGUUAUUUGUUGUAAAAACAUAGUAGUUUCAAAUCUGUUUUUAAAUGUUGUUUUAGAGAUUCGCGAUAAGUAUAAAAAAGCUUGCUGCUGUGGAUGAUACUUUGGAGAAGUUGGGUACCCCCAAGAUGUAUAAAAAGCUACAUAUGAAGACAAAACUAAUAAUAAUUUGUUGGAUUUUGUACAGUUUUAUAGCAAAUAUUUUAGACGAAAUAUUGUGGUUGAGCAAGUUUGAAGAAAUUACUCUUUAUAAUAUAUAUAUAACUUAUAUAAUGAAUCAUUGUAUUCAUCUCAAUGAGUUUAUAGAUAUGUUAUUUAUCUUCUUCUUAUGGUUUGUAUAAUAUAAUAUCAUAUAGUAAUGACAGAACAGUGCAUAUGUGCAACAAAAGUUAGCUCACACACAUACUUAUUUUAUAAUAUAUUCAAAUAUUCUUAUAUUUUUAAAUUCAAUUAAAACUGCAGUUUUCUCUCUCUCUCUCUCUCUCUCUCCCUCUCUCCCUUUCUUUUUCUCUUUCUUUAUUUCUCUUUCUUUCUCAUAAUUAAUAAAAUACGUCAAUCGUUAAAUUGUUAGUUUUCUCUGUUUUUAGUAAAUUUUUUAAAAAUCUAUUUCAAAAAUUGAUAUUAUUAAAGCAUAUAAAAAUAUUACAUAAUUUUUUUAUAUAAAGAAAUCUAUUAUAAUUUAUAUUUAUUCAACAAUAUGUGAUUUUCAUAUAUAAAUAAGAAAUUCUAACAUUAUAUCUUUUAAGUUUCUAAAAGAUAAUUUAUAUAGGUAUAUUGGCACCAGAUUUGAUAAAGUAAAUGAAUAUAUGCAAUGGUUAUUAGUGUUAAAAAAUCAUGAAAUAAUAUGUGCAUGGAAGAAGAAAUCUGUAAUCGUUCUUCAUCAACGCAUGACUUUACAUACUGAUUACAAGCAAACAUUAUGGACCUCAAUGCAUCUUCAUUUAGAAUUAUGUCGACUUUCUCGAGAGUUAAACUUAAUGUUUGCAAUAAAAAUAACUUUUGAAAGUGCAUGUUAUCUUUCACAUAUAACAUCAAUGCUCUAUUAUGUUUAUUGUAUAACAGUACAGAAACAAGAAAAAAUGUAUUUCUCUGAUAAUGGGUUUAGUACAAUCAUAUGGCUUUCUAUAUUAUUGAUAAGAAUCUACGUUGUAAACUAUAUCUGCGAGAAUGUUAUGCAGAAGGCAAACAAAAUUGAUAAAUUAUUUCCUCAACUAACAAAUAUCCAUCAAUAUGCAGUUGUUUGGAAAGAGAUUUAUCAGCAAUUCACUUUGCAAAGAAUACAUCAUCCGUUGAAGUUCACAGGAAUGGGUCUUUUUAAUUUUGGUUACGAACUUCUUCGACAGUUUUGCAGUACAGUUGUAAUGUACGUAAUCAUCAUGGUGCAGUUCAACAUAUCUAUCUGGCAAGUUGAAGAUUAGUUAUUGUAUACAUACAACAAAUUAUACUUAAUAUACAUAUCUCUAAGAUAAAAUAUGGUAACAAUAUGAGUUAAAGUAUAUAAUAUUUUUUUUGAAUUAUCAGUAAUUUAGUAUUUGUUUGUGGAAUGUGCAUUACACACACACUCACACACACACACACACACACACACACACACACACACACACACACACAAUAUGUAUAUUUAUAUACAUAUAAAUAAUAUAAAAUUCAUAAUAUAAAUUAAACACUAUAUGUAUAUAUAAAAUACAUUAAAAUUGUUGUAACAUCUUUUUCAUCACGUGUCGUGCAUUUGAUUUCAAACUUAUUUUGCAUAAAAACAAAUGCAUUUUUUUCUUAUAAAAAUAAAAUUAUGUUUAUUCAAAAAAAUAAUUAAUAUUUUUUCCAGUUUUGCAGUGCAAUUGUAAUGUACAUGAUCAUGGUGUAGUUCAAAAUAUCUAUUUAAAAUAAUUGAUAGUUAUCACAUAAGAGAAAAGCAAAUCGUUAUACUUUAUAUGUUUUUAGAACAAAUAUGACAAUGCGAUAUAAAGAAUAUGAUAUUGUCUUGGAAAUAUUACACCAGCAAUUCCGCAAUUGUUUUUUGAAUGUUGAAUAUAUUAUUCAAGAUAAUUAAUAUUUGUUAUUUUCUAUAGUAAAAAACAAAACAAAAUAUAUUUUCUUUCAUAUUUCUAAAUUUAUCCGUUAUACGUUACAAUUUGUAAUGUCUUUUAGAAUUUUUAUUUUAUAUUUUUUUUAACAUACAAAUUAAUUGUUACAAGUGAGUUAUUUCACUUAUUGUUGAUAUCUUAAAAUUUCUUAAAGGCCGUUACGCCGUGUUGCAUGCCAUAUUUAUUGUUACUUGUGCGUCGAUGUGUGAUCCUUUGAGUAGCUUAGAUUCUCGCAAAUUGACAGGUUAGCCAAAAUUAGGUUCAUAAAAGCGACAAGACGUCGAUAAAUUUUGCAAGAAUUACAAUAUGCAUAUCGCAAGAUGACACGUACGCAAGUGCUAAUAUAAACAAACAUGCUGAAAAAGUCGUCCUGGAAUGUUCUUCACUACGAUUCACGUCAUCUAUAUUAGAAGACAAGAACUGUACAAUAAUGUUAAAUCCUAAAAUCGGUGACUUUAUCCACAAAAAAGUGACACAAAAGGAACUACUUUCAACGCACAAAAAAAUUAAUAAUAUUAAAUGUCAAUAAAAAGAUUUGUUAUAUUUUUUAAUCAUAUAUAUUGUACUUUUGAUCUAUUUUAUAUAGUAU